AAUAAAUAAAAUGAAAAUAAGGCAAAAAGCUAAGACAAGAGCUGAGUCAAGGAAAAAUCACAGAGAUUUUAUGAGUAGGAUCAGGGACAGAACCUCCAAGGGGGCUAAAAUGAAGCCCAAGAUUCCUGAUACUUCUAGUAUUCAUUCAACAGUUAUCAGGGCUGAUAAAUCUCACAUUACAGCUCCAGCUGAGGCAGUGAUGAAAUUUUAUAAGACUUCAUAUAAUUUUAGAAAGAAGAAAUUUAAAAAAGGUAGCUAUUCGACUCCUUACAAAUGUUUGAAUCUUAAAAAUACUUCUUACAACUAUUCGACUACUUCUACAAAGAGGUCUCUCAGAGGAGAGAGCUCUUCUCCAAAGAUUUCAGUCAACCAGAGUCGAGAAAUAAGCAGUAUAAAGACCAAAAGCGUUAUGUCUACUAGGGAGAAAGCGAGGGACUCAAUUCAGAAACUCUUAAUACCUCCUAAAAUGUUAGAUCAGAAUUUGACUGUAGAAAAUAACGAAAUAAUGGAUUCUAAAGACUUCAGCUAUCAGUUAGAAAACAUUUUUGUAGAUCAUAAGAUAAAUGACUAUAAACGGUUUGACUAUCGAGCUCAUUGCGAUCAAAAUUAUUCACUAAAAUCAUACUUCGGAGGUGAGUAUAACAAGGAAGAAGUAGAUGGCCUUCUAAAGAUUCAUACUGUGUAUGAAUACUCUCCUGGACACAUUCUCAAGGAGAAAUAACAUGCCUUUUGUACCAGUAGUUCUGAUAAUCAGCGGCAAGGUUGGAGUCUACCACUACCCUCAAGGUAAGAAAACUUUAUUCAGGGUUUUAAAGAGCAAGGAUGUUGUUGGAGAUUAUGAGUUAAACUUUGUUACAACACGAACUUCUCAGUAUGAAGUUCUAACUAAAGUAAAACUCCUCAAAUUCCCCAAAGAUGAGUAUGAACGAGUCACCUUUGAAAGAGAGAAUAGACUAAGACAGCAGAAAAUUCAUUAUUUGAAAACUCAUUUUCCUUUCUUUAAAGAAAUGGAGGAAGAGAAGCUUAAUAGGCUAUCUAAGAAAGUAAAACAGAAGAAAAUGAAGUAUAACGAUGUUUUGAUUCUUAAAGGAACAGCUCCAGACUGAAUGUAUAUUAUAAAGGAAGGAUCCUUCAGAGCAGAAGUUCAGCUUGACACUUGUCAAGCAAAUAUUUGGCCGAUACAUUAUAAGCUGUGGGAAAUGAAGGAGACCAAAACUAACCAAUGUUUCACCUCUGUAAUUUUUAAGAAAAAUAAGAUCUUUGGAACUUCAAAUAUUCUCCAGAACAAGCCUUUCGUAUGAGACAUAGUAUGCAACAGUAAAUAGAGCAACUGUGUAUUGUCUUGAGAUCCAGCAUCUUCAAGAAUUCUUGCUUAAAGAUGAGUUUCGGCAAAUCAAGGAUGUAAAAUAUCCUUGCAUUAAAAAGGCUCAGAAAGAGCUAAUUUUUAUUAAGAAGAGCAGCAAGCAUCAUAAAAGAAUAAUUCAGGAAGCGAUUCAAGCCUCUUCAGUUCAACAUAAUAUUGAAGCGAAGAAGAACUACUCAAAGCAUGUCCAGCCAUGGGUUGAUUCUCUUGACCUCAGAAAUCACUGAAGGAUGAUGAGUCAGAUUCGGAAAGAAAAGGAGCAAGAUUACUUAGAGCACUUGAAGUACACUAACCCAAGAAGGUGUAAAACCAGGACAACAUUUAGAAGGAACAUAUUGGAUAAAGCUCAAUACAUAAAGAAUGCUGAAUACUAAUAGUUGUUUUAAAUUACUGCCAGCCUAUAAUAGCAUAUUUUUGAUAAUUUCAAGCAAUUUAGCAAAUAUAAU